CUGCCAUGUAGGCUUGCUAGCCCAGCUCCUAUACUGAAUGAUGGAAACAGCAGUCCUUCCAUAGGCUGGAAGCACUGGCCAGUCAUUUCUGCCUACGAGGACCUGUGGGAUAUGGACCCAGAAGCCAGGAAUAUCAUCGAAUUCUCAGUUCCACAAAGCACCCUGUCCUAUGCAGCUGACAGCGGCAAAAGAGCACCCCAGAGGAGAGGGACUGUAAACCAAGAGGUACUCCCAAAAAGCUGUGAAGAAAAAAUAGGUACCACAGUCCUGGCAAUAAGGCCACAGCUCUUCAGAUACUCCCCAACCAUUCAGAUCAGCCAGAGCUGCUUGGCCCCACCUGUUGCUGUGCCUCUCAAGGCAGAGCCGUUUGUUUGGGUUAACAAUGCAUCAGCACAUUCCCAGAGUGUUGCCAAGGCAAAGUACGAAUUUCUAUUUGGCAAGUCAGAAGAGAAAACUCCGGAUACUAGUGAUCAUGGAGGAAGCACUUUACUCCCACCGACUGUCACUAAUGAAUUUCCAGAAUAUGGGACCAUGGAAGAAGGGCGGGAAGGCCUCAGAGCCUCUCUCGACUUUGAUGCAAAGUCUCCACCAUGCCGCCUGCCUGGGCAGCAGGCAGUCCACCUUCUUGCUGGACAAGACUCUAUGCUUAACAGUGUUACAGGAGGACCAAAUGAUGCCCCUCAGUGUCACCCUCAGGAACAACGUUUACAACCCAUUGACUCUUUAAUUUCUGCGCUGAAAGCUACGGAAGCCAGAAUUGCUUCAGGAACAUUUCAAGCUACAAAGGUACUGGACAAAGAUGCUAAUUUUUCAGAUAAAGAACUGAGUACUGCCAGUCAUAAGGCACAGAGAGCCCGGAGAACAUUCCCUGUCGGCUCAGGAAAAUCACCAGAUAUACCUCUUUCAGUAGAAGUACCAGCGGAGGAAAAAUUCUCUUUGCACAUCCAGGAGGAUCUGACUGCACUCUUACCGGAAGAAGCUCAAGCACAACUGUCCCAGAUAACUAAUUACAGGAGGCAAGGGCCUCUCCAUCUGCCUAAGUCAGCAUGUCCUGUGUCCUCGAGCUCAGCAGGGAGCCAUAAUCCUGGGGAGAGAGUUGGUGCUUUAAAAGAUCAGACAACAUCUCACCAUGGAAGAGAACACCCUAGAGGAUGUGAUCGGGGUGGCUCCAUGGGGCGCCAAGGCCGGAUCAAACAUGUAGAGUUUCAAGGAGUAGAGAUACUGUGGACAGGAGAGGAGGCAGAGAGCUGGCAUUCUAUAGGCUUUGAGACAUCACCAGGAAGGACAGCCUCGCCUGUGAGCAAAGAGUUUGCCAAAGCCCCAAGUCAUUCAAGCCCACCUGCUGGUAUGUGCAGCAACUCCACUCGUUUAACUGAGAGGGUUUGCGAUGAAACAUGCAAAGCUCCUUCAGCAAGGCCUGACACGAGCUUAGGCACACUGUCCCCUGUGCCUCUUGGGGAGAGUGGAGAAGAUGAUGUCUUCCUGAGAGAAAGCAAAGAACACCUUGAGGAGAACUUCGAUAUACAGGGAGAUAAAGAAAGGUUUCACGAUCAAGAGGAGCACCUUAGGGGAGGAGAUGAUGACAUUCUUGGGCCUGGAUAUACGGAGGACUCCACUGAUGUGUACAGCAGCCAAUUCGAAACUAUUCUAGACAACACUUCCUUAUACUACAGUGCAGAGUCAUUAGAGACACUGUAUUCAGAACCGGACAGCUAUUUUAGCUUUGAAAUGCCGCUUACUCCCAUGAUACAGCAGCGCAUUAAAGAAGGUGGUCAGUUCUUGGAGAGGACCUCUGUGGGAGGACACAACGACGUACUGAGUGUGUCAGCAGAUGGUGGCAUAGUGAUGGGCUAUUCUACAGGGAUCACCAACGGACUGUACGCUUCUGCCAACUCUGUCUACAGCAGAGGCCCUCAAGAGAUUGCCUUCUGGGGAAGUAGAGAGCAUUGCUUUGCUGAGGGGAAAACAACACGACUAGAUACUGAUUCUGAAAUGGGGAGCACUGACAUUCUGGAGAAGGAGACCUCAGAGAAUCUCAGCAAUGGCACCAACAGCAAUGUGGAAGCAGCUAAAAGAUUGGCCAAGCGCUUGUAUCAUCUAGACAGAUUCAGAAGAUCGGACGUUGCGAAACAUCUAGGCAAAAACAAUGAAUUUAGCAAGUUAGUUGCAGAAGAGUAUCUGAAGUUUUUUGAUUUCACAGGGAUGACGCUGGAUCAGUCUCUCAGGUAUUUUUUAAAAGCAUUUUCUCUUGUGGGAGAAACCCAGGAGCGCGAGAGAGUAUUAAUACAUUUCUCCAAUAGAUAUUUUUCUUGUAAUCCAGACACUAUCACCUCAAAAGAUGGAGUUCAUUGCCUCACCUGUGCUCUGAUGCUCCUCAACACAGAUCUACAUGGCCAUAAUAUUGGAAAGAAAAUGACCUGCCAGGAGUUCAUUACGAAUCUCCAAGGAGUAAAUGAAGGUGGGGAUUUCUCCAAGGAUCUUCUGAAAGCUCUGUACAACUCAAUCAAGAACGAGAAGCUUGAAUGGGCAGUAGAUGAUGAAGAGAAAAAAAAAUCUCCCUCAGAAGGUACUGAUGAGAAGGCUAAUGGAACACACCCAAAGACUAUCAGUCGUAUUGGGAGUACAACUAAUCCAUUUUUAGACAUUCCUCAUGAUCCAAAUGCUGCUGUAUACAAAAGUGGAUUUUUGGCUCGCAAAAUCCAUGCCGACAUGGAUGGAAAGAAGACUCCAAGAGGAAAGCGGGGAUGGAAAACCUUCUAUGCUGUCCUGAAGGGAACCGUUCUUUACUUACAAAAGGAUGAAUAUAAGCCAGAGAAGUCUCUGUCCGAUGAAGACUUGAAGAAUGCAGUGAGUGUGCACCAUGCUCUAGCAUCCAAGGCCACCGACUACGAGAAGAAGCCCAACGUGUUUAAACUCAAGACUGCAGACUGGAGGGUCUUGCUUUUCCAAACCCAGAGCCCAGAGGAGAUGCAAGGGUGGAUAAACAGAAUUAACUGUGUGGCAGCGGUGUUCUCUGCCCCACCGUUCCCAGCGGCCAUUGGUUCUCAGAAGAAGUUUAGCCGUCCACUUCUGCCAGCCACAACAACCAAACUCUCCCAGGAGGAACAGCUGAAGUCCCAUGAAAGCAAGCUGAAGCAGAUCACCACUGAGCUGGCUGAACAUCGCUCAUAUCCCCCAGACAAGAAGGUCAAAGCCAAGGAUGUCGACGAAUACAAGCUUAAAGAUCACUAUCUGGAGUUUGAGAAAACCCGUUAUGAAAUUUAUGUCAGCGUUCUGAAAGAAGGAGGCAAAGAGCUCCUGGCUUCUGAGGGAAAUGAGCCAGUGGGACUGAAGAAGUCACACUCAAGUCCUUCCCUUAACCCAGAUGCAUCUCCAGUCACUGCCAAGGUCAAGCGCAACGUGUCAGAGAGAAAGGACCACCGACCUGAAACACCGGGCAUUAAGCAAAAAGUUACUUAGAAUCCAUCAGCGGCCAGGAAGUGCUGGUCAUGGAGCAAAAUAGGGUUUUUCAAGAUCUUUCUGGUAAUCCGUGAAUAUAUUUAAAAAAACAGUCUGUGACUAAAUGGUGCAUUAGUAGCCUUUUAUAUUGUAUAUUUUUGUUAGUUUCUGUACAGGUGUCUUUGCUCUUGAGUUCCUUGCUUUGAUGAUUUGGCCAACUUUAAAACUAAUGCACCUUUUGUGAGGAGGAGAGGAUUACAGAUCCUUUCUCCUUCUGCUUUUUCUUAUUUGCACUUCUGCACAGUUAUUUUAUGUAUUCCUGAUCAACUGUUGUACUUUUUUUAGGUUUAAAUUUUUAAUCCAUUGUGAAACACAUAACUGGACAAGCAUUGUGUGCUUUAGUAAAUCCUAGACUUUACAUGUGAAAUCCUGCCCAGUCACGGAGGUGAAGUUGAAAGUUCAUAGUUGCUCACAUAAAAGUGGCAGUGCUGGGAGUCAAGGUGUCCCAAGGUGGGACAUUUCUGCGUUCAUCCUGGCACCUGUUGUUGGUGCUGGACACAGGACAAAAGGGAGCACGAGGAUGACAGGACUGGAGACCUUAGGGAAGCACAGGAGUUGGUCUCAGGAGUGCAUUCCAUUCCAGCCAUGCAAGGGAAUUCAGAAGUGGAGUCAUCUUGCUUGAAGGGAGGCUGAGGAUGGAUUGAUACCAAGCCACUUUUGUUUUCUAAAGGCUGGUGGCAGUAGUCAGCUCUGUGGAGCUGCAGCACUAGGAUGUAUGGUCUUCUAUAGAAAUGUUACCUCACUCCCGUGAGAUCUAGACUAGGAAUCAAAAUCAUCUCUGUGAUUGAUACCUUUCCAUCCAGGACUAGAUUCAUUUUUACAUAGAUGUGCAGGCAUAGAUCAUGUCCUGGUUGAAACAAAACAAUGUUGAAAAUGAAUACCACCCCUCCUUUUUCUUUUCUGUAUCAAGACAAAUAAGGAGCAUUCUGGCUGCAGUUCUUCCUCAGGCUCAGUGGCCAUCAGACCGAAGCUGAGAUCAGUCUGAUCACAGGGAUUGAGGAUGGAGGGAUCUGAUGAUGUAUGUGCGGCUUCUUAGCGCGUUCUCUCCAUCUCUAUCGCCGGCUUGCUGUGUCACUAUUAACAUGGCUCCUGGAGUUACUUGUAUACAUUUAAUCUUAUUUUUCCCUGUAUUCAAAACGGUUUCACCUUACAGUCAAAGCAGUCCCUUUAAAAUUUAAAGUAUUAAGUAGAAUAUUGUCUGUGGAGGAAGAGAAAGAUGUAAAAGGUAAGCUUCCUCUGUGGCUGAAAACUGUCCAGUUUCCAGCCUUGAAACUGUAUUCUCUAAAACUACUAUCUUCCCAUCAAAAUAUCUUCAAAACUAACAGGAUGACAUUUAGCUAUUCUUUAUCCUCCUUAAAUAUUUCCUCUAUUUCUACUUGGUUAGUUGAAGGUACUAUGACCAGAGAAUCAGCUGCUCUUGCAUGAAUAGCAUGAUUCUAGUAAGUUAGAGAAAGCCUGUUAAAAAUCCUGGUAGUUUAUAGAGACAUCUCAUUAGGAUGUACUAGCAUUUAGUCACAGGACUGUGUAUUAGCCUGUCCUUCUUUCACCUCUGUACAUGCCCACCUUGCUUGUGCCCCAGAAUAGUAACACUUCUCUCCAGUAUGGUAGCUGCUUGCUUCAUGGUAUUUUGCCACACUAUUGGAAAAACUUCCUUAAACAUCUAUCUCGUUUAAGUAAAGGCAGUGAUUUAAUUUAUAUUUCAGAACCAUGAAGCGAAUAUGAUAGUUAACAUUGUAGUUCCAUAUACCUGAACUAUUUCAUAGCAUCCUAGUGAAUCCAAUAUUUUCCAAGCAAGUCGUCUUUCUCCUAAAAGGUGAACUAUCACUGUCUGCUUUUUGCCUAAGUAUUUGUAAUCCCUGAAGGGAAAGGUACCAAGACCUUUGAGUCUUGAGCAUCAUCUUUGAGCAUCAGUAGCUGAAGAACAGUUAACAUGUCUAUAUGUGUUUGUCCACAGUGUUUGUCUAUAUGUAUAGAAUUUUUGUGUGUACUUAUGUAGAAUAUCUAAUAUACAUUGAAUGGUACCUUGCUGCAGAGUUUCUGACAUGGAGAAUUGUCUAGGAAUGCCCUCAGCAUUAGCUCUGCCACUGUUGUGUUACAGGACUCACUAGUGGUGGCUCCAGAGCUUCUGGACAUGCUUGUAGAUAAUCAGAUGACAAAGGCACUUUUAAAGCUGUGGACUAUUAUGUCUGCAUCAUUUAUCUUGAAAAAUAACUGAGGCAGUCGUUUGUGAGUCAGAACCCCAGACUGCCCUCGUGCAAUGCUGUCUACCUUUGGGGGAUAGGCUAAAAAUGUGUCUUCCCUGAGGCCUCUGGAAGGAUGCGGCGUUCUCUGAUAUGAUAGGAUUCUGGGAGUCUGGCCCAUAGCCAACCCUAUUUCUCCCACAGUAUUGAGUCCUGAGAAAUGAAAGGUGGUCCUUUGUACAGCUACUCUAAGCCUGUUGCCCAGUGCACGGUACAGGGAGCUCUUGUCUCCUUCUUUCCAUGGUACUUCAUUCGGUCCCACCUAUACCUGUUCUCACCCCUACCUCAGUUCUCUGGAGUCUUGGAAUUCCUCUCUAUAUGAUAAAGCAUUAUCUAUAUUACAUUAAUACUUUAAAGGAUGAUUCUUAGUAUUGAAAAUAUCAACAAGUCAUCAAAAGGCUUUGAUGAUAGCCUUGUUGAAAAACUGACCAUUGAAGUACUCCUUGUAUAAAAUCUGAGUGUGUCUUGGGCUUCACCCCUAUUGCACAUGCUAGCUUCCAGAAAGAUUUACCAGGAACCCAGUUUUAAAAAUUCUAUUCAGAGUCCUUGUUUUAUUGAUAUAUCAUUAGCAUUUCUAAAAAUGUACUUCUAAAAGUAUAUAUCAUUUAUCUAACUCUUAGCAAUGUCUAAUUAAGUCAACAGUUACUUAUAUAUGUUUCCAUUAUUCCCAAUGAAACCAGCAUGUGGGAGAGCCGUCUGGUAGAAGUAGUUUCUAGGUUAUAUGUAACUGUUUGAAAUUGCACUUAGAUGGAGCCAUUUUCUCAUGCAACAAUCUUGUGACGUAUGUAGGUGCUCUGUGCUCCUCUGUUUUCUUUUGGUUUUUUUGUUUUGUUUUGUUUUUGUUUCCCAUCAUCCUGAAGGUGAGGACUGUUUCCAAGCCAAAUAUAGUGUGAGGUAAUUGGUUCUGAAAGAGGAAAACCUGCUGGCUUUCAAGGCCCAGCUAGGGUUGUGUUAUAAUCUCCUUGGGAAUUGAGAGCAGGAAGGUAUGCUGGUUCUUCUUCAGCUUCUGUCCCUUUAUCAUAUAAAGAGCAUGAUGAAUGAAGGAUGAAGGAGCAUGCUCUGAAAUACGAUCAUCAUCUGCCUUUUUGAUUAGAAGUCAAUUUUCCAUUGUCUUCACAAAUAAGAGAGACCUUAGAUGGAGUUAGCUUUACAUGAAAUUUAAAUUCUUUGGCUUUUUUUUUUUUUCUGUUAGUCAUCAGUUAAGCCUUACUUGACAUUAAGCUUCUUAGUUAUGAACAUCUAAGUAUUUGUGGUUUAGUUAUUAUGAACACAAGAUUUUUUUCAGGUCAGCAGCCACCAAAAAUGAUACCAUUGUAGUUCGGAUAGCGUGUAUUUUCCCUGUAAAGCUCACACUAGAGGCAAAACAGAAUUGUAGUGUCAGUUAAACGUAGAUGUGGUUCAGGAAUGAUAAUGCAUCUUGGGGUCUGAAGCAUGUCAGCUCUUGUUUCAGAGCAUCUGUGUUACUCAAACAGAAACAGUUUUGUAGGCAGAGGACCGACCUUGCUCCACAGCCUCUUCCCUUCAUUCACCCCAGCCAGGCUGCUUGUAAAUUAGCAAAAGCCUCGCCACGCAUUUGACAUCUGCUAUCAUCAUGGCAUCCAGAGGACUUUAUCAAUCCACAUAAACUACUCUCUGACAUAUUACAGAGGUACUUUGUCACUGUAUUUCCUUUCAGACUCCUUUUCCAUCCUUCGCAGUUAACAGGACUGAUAGCUGAGGUCAUUCUCAUUCUCUAUCUAUAGUGGGCAUCUUAUAGCAGUUGGCUCAUUGCAUGUGGAGAGAAUGUCAGUAAAUACUUGAAUCUGCAUGGCAGUUUGCUAACUUGUAUGCAAGAACAAGGAGCAGGGAAUACAGCAAGUUACUUGUACAUACGGUAGGUUUCCUUAGGUCUCGUGGGCACAUCUUUUGUAAUUUAUGUGUAUAUCUGUUGUAUUGAAGCAUCUGAGGAAAUACUUGUAUAGAAAGUAUGUCAUAUGUCAAAGGAAAUGCUUUCUGUUACCUGCCAAUGUUGUAUUUGUGAGUAUUUAUAGUUGUAUGUAUGUAUGUGCAUCAAUGUGUAGAUUGUGUAUCAGUAUAUGGUAUAUGUAUGUUGAAAUUAUUUUUGUCUUUUAACAACCAGUAUAAUAUGAAAAGAAAGUUUAAAAACCUCAUAGGAAUGAUAAUAUAGUACAGUUGUUGAGAGUUCAUAUAGUGGUAUCAUUUUAUUAAACUUAAAUUUAAAUGAUAUUUUGAUUAAAUUUUUUAGUAAGACUUUA